UUCGGCUCCCGACGGCCGCAGCGGAAACAGCGGAGCCUACGGGAUGGCGGCGGGCGAGGGCGGGGCCGACUCGCUGCCCCCGCCCUCCCCCUCCUUGCCCGGGCCCCUCCCGGGCCCCGAGCGCGCCUUGGAGGAAGCGGUGGCCUCGGGCAGCCUGAGCCUGGCGGGACGGCGGCUGAGGCACUUCCCCGGAGGAGCCGCUCGGCGCUGGGACCUCAGCGACACCACGCAAGCGGAUCUCUCGCGGAACCGCUUUGCCGAAGUGCCUGAAGACGCCUGCCACUUGAUGUCCCUGGAAGGGCUGAGCCUGUACCACAACUGCCUGCGCAGCCUCCCUCCAGCCAUUGCCAACCUCCAGGCCCUCACCCACCUGAACGUUAGCCGGAACCAGAUCUCCGCCCUGCCCGCCUGCCUGUGCCGCCUGCCCCUCAAAGUUCUCAUUGCCAGCAACAACAAGCUGGCCUCCCUGCCGGAGGACAUCGGCUCCCUCGGCAGCCUUCGCCAGCUGGAUGUCAGCAGCAAUGAGCUGCGGUCCCUCCCGGGGAGCAUGGGAGGCCUGGAGUGUCUUCGGGAUCUCAAUGUUCGCCGGAACCAGAUCACCAUCCUGCCUGAAGAGUUGGCUGAGCUUCCGCUGGUGCGGCUGGACUUUUCCUGCAACCUGGUCACUCGCCUUCCGGUCUGCUUCCGCCACUUGCGAUCCCUGCAGUGCCUCCUCCUGGAGAACAAUCCCCUGCAGUUCCCACCUGCUCAGGUCUGCCUGAAAGGCAAAAUCCACAUCUUCAAAUACCUCAACGUCGAGGCCUGCGGCAAAGGCAGGCCGGACCUGGCAGAACUCGCCCAGGGACGCCCCGCCGGCUUUGGCACGUGCCUCCCAGAUGACUUCUAUCUGGCACGGCAACAUGGCGGCCUCGACUCGGGCUUCCACAGUGUGGACAGUGGCAGCAAGCGGUGGUCGGGGAAUGAGUCCACCGACGAGUUCUCCGACCUCUCCUUCCGCAUUGCCGAGUUGGCCCGUGACCCCAAGCAGCUGAGGGAGAAGCGUGGAGGGGCAGGCGAUGCCGGAGAACUGGAACAGAUCGACUACAUUGAUAGCAGCGUGAACGGGGAGGAGGAAGAGGAGGAUUCACUGGUGGAGGAAGAGGCGAUGGGGCCCCCUCCGGCUGGGAGGGCCAGCAAGGCAUGGUCCGGCUUCCCCGGGACAGCGCCCCACGAGGAGCCCCAGAAACACGCCAGGAUCCCUUCUCAGAGAGUGGGCGCUGCAGAGCCAGGGCUGACGACUGGCAGGAGCAGCAGUGGGGCCGGCCUCGCCAAGCCAGAGUUCUCAGCCGAGGAGCGCCGUCGCCCUGAACUCCUGCAGCUAUGGCAGGAAAGGGAGCGCCAGCACCAGCGGUGGACACAGGGGGCCGAGAGGCCGGACAGCAGCAGCCUGGCCGAGAAGGGCAGUGGCCUCCCUCAGCCGAAGCAUCCUGGCCAGGGAGCCGAACAGCCGGCUGGUUCCCCCAGGCACAGUCCACGCUCUGCAGACCCUCUGCUCUGCCAGAGCUCCACGGCGGCCAGUCUUGCGCCCCGCGAUGCCAGCUUGGCGCAGAGGCCUUCCAGCUUCCUCUUCCGCUCUUCCUCCCAAAAGAGCACCCAGCGGAGUUCGGAUUCCCCGUCUCCUGAGCUCAGCAGCCCCUCGAGGUCCCGUGCGGGAUCCCAGGCCCCAGACGAGAGGGAGCUCCUUGGACAGCUGCGCAAGGCAAUUGAGUCCCAUCUGAACCUAAUACUGGCGGAGGACUUGGGCGAGGCCCUGGCUGACGGGGUCAUCCUUUGCCAGCUGGCAAACCGUCUGUGCCCACGCUCUGUGCCUUUCAUCCACGUGCCCUCGCCUGCUGUGCCGAAGCUGAAUGCCGCCAAAAGCCGCAAGAAUCUGCAGAGCUUCCUGGCCGCCUGCCGCCAGCUUGGGAUUCCAGAGGUGUCUCUCUGUGGUGGCCCAGACAUUGCCCUCCUCCUCCAAGGCAACGUCCGUGGCUUCCUGUGCCUGCUGGAGGCCUUGCUGCUGCUACACCCAGCGGCAGGGGGGACCCUUGCCCCCGCUGCCCUCCAUGGCCACCUCGCCGGCUUUGGUGUCUUCUAUGCCUGCGUCAUGUUGCUGUUGUACUUUGCCUAUUGCCAACUGUGUGGCUUCUGCUGCUGCUGCUGAGCGCUUGGACGCUCGUCCUGACGGCCGCCAAACUGAGCAGGACCGCCCGGCUCCCAGCAGCCCCUGCGGAGCCGGACCCUGCAUUACCCGGUCAGAGACUCCGGCCGCAGGCAGGCUGCCCCUUGCUAGGGAAAUCUGUCCUCUGGUUUCAGACCGUUAACCGGCAACCCUCCUGGCUUCGCUCACCCAGGCCUCCGUUCUUCAGGCAGCCAAAUGGGUUGGGGGCAGUGAAGGACCCCCGGCAAUCCAUGAUGUCCCUUUCUCCAGUCAGGGUCUCCUGACCCCGCCCCGCCCGAGGCUGCCGGUCCUCCCAUUUCAAACCCACCAGGGCCCUCUUGGUCACACCUGUGCCUUCUCCCCAGAACCUGCCGCCAUGGCCUUCUCUCCCCCGUGCCCCUUUGGCUCCCCUUCCCAAGUGCCUCCUGGGGCAGGAUGGCCCUGGUGUGCCCCACCUGGCAACCCUGAGGCCUGCGCUUGCUUUUGGCCCGCAGGAAUCGAGCUGCUUGGAGCACAGCACCUCUGGGUUGUCCAGUCCCAGUGUGGGCGCUCUGGUCUUCUGGCCGAGAGUUGGAGCCUUUUGUAGCUUUUGCAAGGAGGCCUGGUGGGCUAUUUUGCCCUCUGGAACGAGAGCCGGCCUGCCCGCUCAGAGCUUGGCAGUUGGGCCACGUCCUUUCAAGGGCUGCGGGGCAAAUGGCCCCAACCUCCUGGGAGACCCGGGCACUCGCUCGCCACAACAGCAGCCUGACCCUGGGGCACAGCAGGACCCCUCCUCUACCUCAGGCCGCCUGUGCUGGAGGGUCCCCGAGUGGGACCUCCUCUGGAUGAAGGUGGGAGGGAGGAGCCCCCGUGUGCCCCCAGCCUCUCGGCCUGGCCCGCCUUGGCCCCAGCAGCUCCUUUGCUCUUCCAGUUCAGGGGAAACGCCUUAAUGGUUGCCCUUUCUGGCCCGGCCCCCCCUUCAAUAACGCUCCCCAUCUGCUGCCUUAAAUGCGUUAAAUGAUAUAUAUAUUUUUUACACACACACACGAACAUAUAUAUAUGUAUAUGUAUAUAUAUAUGUAUAUUUGAAGAUCUAUGGGAGGUUGUGAAGAUUUGUGUUUCUACCACUUGUACCAUAUUGUAAAUAUCGCCUCUUAUUUAUCGUCUUCCUCCCCGCGGGAAGGAAAGGCCCCCAAGGGCUGCAGCUCCUCCCCCCCCCCCCCCCCCCCCCCCCCCUGUAUUUGCCCGAAAAAAGAAAAGGGAAAAAAAGGGAUUUUCCCAAGCGGAAUCUCGGCCUCCGUCUCGCUUUCUUGCUCGCCGGCGCCUCCUCCCCCUCCCCCUCCCCCCCCCGCGCGCUUCCCGGGCUGCCCCGGGCGGAGGGGCUGG